AUGAGCUGCGACAAACACGCCAACGGUAAGUAAAGAUAAGGUUAUGAUAAUAAGGAGAUAUUAAAUGAAACAUAGUUAUCUGUUGAAUUAAACCACACAGAGCAUGACAGCAUGCACUUGAAGCCUACUGAACAAUGUGUGAAGUGGAGUGACUACUUUGUGUGGAGCCGGCUUUUAACGGGGCACGUUGUCGUAGGCUCUACAUGCUGUGAUGAGUUGCUUGUUAAAGUCACAGUGAAUUAAUGAGUGGUAUUCUAUAGAGUUCCUAAAUAAGCCCUUGAAGUUGUAGAUACAGUCACAAUCAUUUCAACAAUGUCGCAAUACUAGGCUAAGCUAUUAUGUCUCAAAAAUCACUUAAUUAAGCUGUUAAUAAUAUUGCCUGUAUCCCAGUCUACUAUUAAAAAUAUGGAUUUGGUUCCAUAUCUAAGGUCCUUUCUUCAGUUUUAGGCUUUUAGCGCGUUUUUAAGAUCGUACUCACAAUUUAUUGAUAUUGUACAGAUUUAUUUAUUAGGUCAUAUAAGGUCACACGAAGUUAAUCCCAAGGUAUUCUGAGUUCUCGUGUAAUUCUGAUUAUAUGUGUGCUCAUGUUGCUGCGCUACUCCAUGUAAUGACAGCAAUAAGAUUAUAUCUCUGUAAACGUUUUUGCGAAUGAUCUAGCUGUUAUAGUUUACACAUUUAAGAUAUCUGGACCACCACGUUUGAGAUAUCUUUUGACGCAGUUCAGACACAAACCACGGCAAUUUAUUGUAGACUACUAUACCUACACUGAACUUUACGUUUAAAACUCAUCUCAGAAACAGGUAAAUUGAUAAAAUUGGCGUCUAAAGGUCGUUUUCCACUGGACGGAAUUUUCUGCGCGGAGCGGAAUUUCUCUUUGUCUUUUCUAAGUAGUUCCAUCCAAAAAAUCACAAGACAAAGAGAAAUUCUGCUCUGCGCGGAAAAUUCCGCCUAGUGGAAAACGGCGUUUAAAAGCUCCGAGGAGUUAUCUCUAGCUAUGACAAAUAUAUUUUCUGCAUGAUGAAAUGUAUCCACGAAGAGAUCAUUUUCAUUUUUUAGAUUGUUGCAAUGGCCCGGGUUAUGCUACGCCAUUAGAUGCGAUGAAAGGUCCCCGGGAGAAGAUUGUCUAUGUGCCAUGUAUUUAUAGUAAUACUGGGAUUAAAAAACCUGACUAUCUUGCUACAGUUGAUGUGGACCCAGAGUCGCCAGAUUACGGCAAGGUAAGAGGUCAUUCGGCAAGGUUGAUUUUUGUCUCCUCCGAAAUUGGGCUAUGAUACAAAUAGAACUAUAGAAGAAUUGUGAGUUGGUUUCCUCUGGCCAGAAAAUAUUUGCAGUGCAUUCUUUCUUUCUAUUCCUAUACCCAAUUUAGAUAGUGUUCGCAGUCAUUACAUUUUCUAUGUGUUUUAUAGCAUGCACAGGUACGAUGUAAAUUUUGUUUCUUAAAUACCUCUAAUAUUCGUGGUUACGUGGACUUAAAUGACUCUUUAUAGCAGAUAAAUUACAAUGACAGGGUUCGUAGUCUCCAAGACAAAAAUUUUCAAAUAUUUUUUCUGCCUAUUUUCAAAGACUUUUCAAAGACCUUUGAGAGCAAUCAGCUGUCGAAAAAUUGCGAGUGUAAGCACCAUUUUUACCAGGUAAUUAGUCCCGCCAAAUCACAUCCUAAAAUGCGCCUUUUCGUCGAUAUUUGCGAAAAUCUUGCUUCAAUUAAUCUAUUUUAUUAGCUAGGAAAUCGUAUAAUCAAUUCCUCACUAAAGAAUUUAAAGAUUUUCUUCGCUUCUUCACACAAUUCAAAGACCUUUCAAAUACCUUAAAGACCUGCAUUCAAAUUUAAAGACUUUCAAGGACUUCAAGGAUUUCAAAACCCGCUACGAACCCUGAAUGAUAUUGGUUUUAAUAUGUUCCUCCGCAACACCUACACAAAAUUGUAUGUGAUAACGAUCAUUUUGUGUCUUGCAUAAAUUACGAUGUCUUGCAUAAAUUACGAUGAAUUGGAUCUUGGCCGCUGAAGAAACAGCCCUCUUAACACAUGCAAAUCACGGCUUGCUCAACUUACUUUUAUUCUGUGUUUGAAAUUUCUAUAACAAAUUUUUCGCCUAGCUAUACGUUUUUUUUUGGAUCAAUCAAUCUUGUCAAAUAUUCCCAGGUAAUCCACCGUCUCCCAGCGCUUCACUUGGAAGAUGAACUGCAUCACAGUGGCUGGAAUGCGUGCAGUAGGUCAGCGACUAUUUUAGUAUAUUUAUCGAAUUUUACCAAACAUCAAACCUGUACCAAAAAGUGACGUUUGCUUUUGUGUAGUUGCCAUGGUGAUUCAAGCAGAGCGCGCGACUCUCUCGUGAUGCCCUCACUGUUGUCUAGUCGUGUUUAUAUUUUUGACGUCGCUACAAAUCCCAGGGCGCCCAAGAUUCGCAAGGUAAAAAAUUAAUAAACUCUUGCGGAAAAUACGUCACAUAAUUUUGCUAGAGAGCCUCGUUUUCGCGAUUGAGAGACUUGGAUUUAACAAGGUCUUUCUCUGAUGCCUGCGCCACUAAAAUUCUCUAUGUAGGUCAUUGAGCCCGAAGAAGUGUUUGAAAAAACAGGCUUGGCUUACCUGCACACCUCGCACUGCCUGGCUAACGGUGACAUCAUGAUCAGCGCCAUGGGAGAUCCUCAAGGAGAAGCUAAAGGUGAGGAAUCGUGAUUAGUCUAUCGUGAUUAGAUAAAUUAUCGUGAUUAGAUCGUGAUUAGAUAAAUUAUCGUGAUUAGUCUAUCGUGAUUAGAUAAAUUAUCGUGAUUAGAUCGUGACUAGAUAAAUUAUCGUGAUUAGUCUAUCGUGAUUAGAUAAAUUAUCGUGAUUAGAUCGUGAUUAGUCUCUUUAAGAAGUUCAGGCAACAAGCAACACACGUAUAUAGCUCGUCAUUUACCUUGGUGAAAACGUCUUAUUAAUCUUAGGCUACGUUUAUACACUAUACCAGAUAGCUUUCCGUAGCGGCGCGAAAAAGCACCUAUCCGAUACGGAAUGUACAACUUUCAGAAGCUGAGCGAAACAACAUCUCUCCGUUGCAAUAAUUCCUCUGAAAAUAGCGUUCCUGACGGAAAGCUAUCCGAUAUUGUGGAAAUGUAGCCUUAAAGACAUGAAUGACAGUUAGUGAGAAAAACUGAAUUGAAAGUUUAUGUAAACGAGCAGGAUAUUGCUACAGAUAUACAAGAUCCUUCGCGGUCAUGAUUUCCUCUGUGUUUCCUUGGCUAUAUGUUAUAUCAUGCAGUUCACAACAGCAUGUCGCCAAACACUAACUCGACUUUCUUACCCCAGGUGGCUUUGUUCUGGUGGAUGGUAAAGACUACUCUGUCAAAGGAAAAUGGCAAGAACAAACCACAAAGUUUGGUUACGACUUCUGGUAUCAGCCUCGACAUAAUGUGAUGAUCAGUUCAGAGUGGGGUGAACCGAAAUCGUUAUGUCAGGGUUUUAAUCCACAGCAUGUGGCUGAUGGUAUGUCUGUCUCUCUUCAAAGCUUCAAGCAUUAGUGGUCAAUGCGAGUGACUGGGUUUUAACUUGACCAAACACCAGCUUUCGUCAGGCUUCUAGUUUCCCCGUUUAGUAGCACUGGGUCAACAAGACAUCGCCCUUACUGGACCUCUAGGAAGAACAGUUUCGAACUGAUAGAGCUAUCCAAUAGAAAUAAAGUUAGUGUAAUAAAGUUAAUUUAGUGUAGUAAGAGAGAACCCUUACUGAACUUCUAGAAAAAACAGUUUAAAUCUGAUAGAGUUAAGAUCUAGCAUAUAGUAGUUUGUAGCGAUCUAGUAAUUUGUUUAAUAUAUUUUUCAUUUCAGGAAAAUACGGGCAAAACCUCCAUAUUUGGGAUUGGACAACACGCGAACUGAAGCAGAGCAUAGAUUUAGGCGAUGACGGAAAGAUUCCACUGGAGUUGAGAUUUUUACAUGAUCCUGACGCGAACUUGGGUUAUGUUGGUUGUGCAUUGUCAAGUACUGUCUUUGCUUAUCAUCCUGGCAAGGUAGAGAGAUUUUGAGAGAAAUGCUUUUCUAAGGCUCAGCUUACUCUGAUAGCUUCCACCAUGUGCUGUACGACAAUACUUAUUCAAACUUACAUAUCUGUACUAUCGUUUCAGAACGGUGAAUGGGUAGCUGAAAAAGUUAUUUCUGUCCCAAACAAAAAGGUCGAAGGCUGGGCUUUGCCAGAAAUGCCAGGUAUAUAAAACAUCAUGCCAAAUUAUAGCGCUCUUUAUUCUUCUUUCAUGCUUCCUCCGUUUUCUCCGCUUUUUAGGGUUAAUAACAGAUAUCCUGAUCUCCCUGGAUGACAGGUUUUUAUUCUUUAGCAACUGGAUACAUGGCGAUAUUCGUCAGUAUGAUAUCACUGACAGACUUCAUCCAAAACUCGUUGGACAGGUGAGAAGAUGAAACAUGAUGGAGUCUGACUUGACGUCACACCAUACAACCCAUGUCUGAUCACAGCUAAAGGUGGAAGAGUUAGGUUUUGGUGAGAGAGAAAAAUCUGGAGAGAAACCCUUGAAGCAUAGGAGAGAAUUAAACACAAGUCUAGUUAAAUCAAAGCAACGAAGUCACUCAUCAUAUAGCAAUACCCUACUCUCGACCUACAGUAGCAGGCUUAACUAUAGCAUAGCGUUAGGAAUCUCAUAGCUUAGGCUUUUCCUACCACCAUGACAACUCCUCUAUAUUCUACCAUAUUUCAAAUCAAUAUUGCAACUGCCAUUUGUAGCUGUUCCUUGGAGGAAGCAUAACCAAAGAUGGUCCAGUGAAGGUGAUAAAGGACGAUGAACUCAAAGAACAGCCUGAACCUGCUUAUAUUCAAGGAAAGAAGAUCGAAGGAGGACCUCAGAUGAUUCAAUUGAGUUUGGACGGAAAACGAAUGCUUCUCACAACAUCUCUUUUCAGCGCUUGGGAUAAACAGUUUUAUCCCGAAAUGAAAAAGUAAGAAUAGAAGAGUGGCAUUCCUAUGUCCUUCAAUGCACUAAGACUUAGGAUUAGAUGAGGAUUAUUAUUGUUAGGUUAAGGUUGGGUAAGGAGGCUAAAGGCAAGAUUAGAUUAAGGCUUAAGAUACGUGUUUAGAAUUGUAAAGAUUAAAGAGUCCUGGUCAACCACAAUGCAAUGCGCGCUUUUGUUUACGUUUUCCGUUACUUUUCUUAAUGGUUGCCGCCAUUUUCGAGGACACAAAUAUGGCUGCCUCUGGUCCACAACGUAACAGAAACGUAAAGAAACGCACGCAUUGCAUUGUGGUUGACCAGGACUCUUUAAGCAAUCAUUGUAUCGAAAUUAGGCUUAUUGCUACAGAGCCUAAAAAAGAUAAACAUUGACUUAAGUUUCAUCAUUUUGCUCUAGCAAAGGCUCCAUGAUGUUAAAAGUGAAUGUGGACACAGAGAAGGGAGGCUUAACAUUGGACAAAGAUUUUUGUGUUGAUUUUGGCGAAGAACCCGACGGUCCAGCUCUAGCGCACGAGGUCAGAUACCCAGGUGGUGACUGCUCUUCAGACAUAUGGAUCUAA